AAUUAAGGUAGGCAGGGACUUCGUACAUGUUUGCUUUUUCUCUCCGAGUCACCGGCCUGGAACAGUCCGUUUUGGGGGGGCGCGUGUGGCCCAUCACCGUCCUUGCUUUGGUCUUCCCUCUCUCUCUAUCUCCUUCUCUCCCGUUCUACCUUAUAUCCCUCAUGUCUCUCUUCCCUAGCUCGUGAACAAUCCAGCUCUUCCUAUUGCUUGAGUAUAUUAAGCGGCCAACAGCCGAGCGAGGCGAUUGAAACCACGUUCUUCAGGUCUUCACCGCCUGUGACUUCUAAACGGUCCGCCCCUCGGUUUCUACAAACUUACCGUCAACCCUCCAGUCAGUGACCCAUUCCCUCUCUCUCUUCCCUCCCCCCCCACUCCGUCUCCCCUUCCCUCACUCUUUCACUCUUGUUGAAGAAUAAAAAGAGAGAGAGAGAGAGAGAGAGA